ACGGCUCUGCCCCGCCCCUCCGGCGCCGGCGUGGGUCACGUGGGAGCGCGGCCCGCUGCUGCGGCGGCGGCGGAGGCUGUGACGGGGGCGGAGUUCACGCGGCUCUGGUGGGAGCGGCUCGGAGACUGCGCCACCUGUGCAGGCUGCCAUGGCUGCCGUUGACAGCUUCUACCUCUUGUAUAGGGAAAUCGCCAGGUCGUGUAAUUGCUAUGUGGAAGCUCUAGCCUUGGUGGGAGCCUGGUACACAGCCAGAAAAAGCAUCACCGUCAUCUGUGACUUUUACAGCCUGAUCAGGCUGCACUUUGUCCCUCGCCUGGUGAGCAGAGCAGAUCUGAUCAAGCAAUAUGGAAGAUGGGCAGUCGUGAGUGGUGCAACAGAUGGGAUCGGAAGAGCCUACGCAGAAGAGUUAGCAAGCCGUGGUCUCAGUAUUAUCCUGAUUAGUCAGAACCAAGAGAAGUUGCAGACGGUUGCUAAAGACAUCGCUGACACUUACAAAGUGGAGACCGAUAUCAUAGUGGCAGACUUCAGCAACGGCCGUGAGAUCUACGACCCGAUUCGAGAAGCCUUGAAAGGCAGAGACAUUGGCAUCUUGGUAAAUAAUGUGGCCGUGUUUUAUCCCUACCCUCAGUAUUUUACUCAGGUCGCCGAGGACAAACUCUGGGACAUCAUAAAUGUAAACAUUGCUGCGGCUAGUUUGAUGGUCCACAUAGUGUUACCGGGGAUGGUGGAGAGAAAGAAAGGCGCUGUCGUCACUAUCUCUUCUGGCUCCUGCUGUAAACCAACCCCCCAGCUGGCUGCCUUUUCUGCUUCAAAGGCUUAUUUAGACCACUUCAGCAGAGCAUUACAGUAUGAAUAUGCUUCUAAAGGAAUCUUUGUGCAGAGUCUAAUCCCAUUCUGCAUUGCUACCCACAUGACUGCCCCUGGCAGUUUUCUGCACAAGUGCUCGUGGUUGGUGCCUUCACCAAAAGUAUACGCACAUCAUGCCGUUUCUACCCUUGGCAUUUCGAAAAGGACCACAGGAUAUUGGUCCCAUUCUAUUCAGUUUCUUUUUGCACAGUACAUGCCUGAAUGGCUCUGGGUGUGGGGAGCAAAUAUUCUCAAUCGUUCUUUACGUAAGGAGGCCUUAUCCCGCAAACCAUGAAACUGGAGAUGGUUUGGGAAGCUUUGCCAACUCAUGGGAACCUACAGUAUUCUGACAUUUGGAAGGACACAUUUAAUUUAUCUUCGGUAUUUUCUUUUAUUACUGAUGACUUAGCAUAUUGUUGGCUCAUCAUUUGCAAAGCAAACAUAAUACUUGUAGAGAAUGUUGUGGAAAAACUCAAGGGCACAGAGUAAAUAAUGGCUGAGGCACAAUAACUGAUUGAGGAAACUCAAAUGUCAAUGCUUUUCCCCCUAAAUUGUUCAAAAGUUGUGUGGUUUAUGUUGUUCUAGGAGCUACAGCAAUCUGGUACUGAAAUAUAAUGUGACUUGUGACCUCUUACAAUUUCAGAUGUUUUUUUAAGGGCAAUUAUUUCAGUAGGUGAAUUAUAGAAUUGGUUUUCAAAUGUUCAUCAGGAAAGACUACUUAAAAGUGUUAUUUUAAAAGGUGGUUUGUACUAUAAGCAGUAGAAAACUGUGUGUUGAUAUUGUGUAGCUCUAGUUGUUUGUCUACAAUCUGUAUAUUGUACUUUCAACUGAUAUUUCAUUAGAGAACCAUGUUUGUAUGGAUGUGUGUAUCUGGGCAACUUUAUGGGUAAGUUACUUAAAAUUUUUUUUUU